AUGUCGCAGGAAUGCACUACGUUUCUAAUUGAUUAUUCUGCCUCUAUGGAAGAGCAUCUUCAAAAGUUCGAGGCUUAUUUGGAGUAUUCACUGUUUGAAAAGUGCCAAAAAGCUAGAAAGACCGAUUACACGCAGGUCGUGUUGGCCAACUGCUCAAUGGAGAAAAACAGCAGUGAUGUUAGGAAUAUGUUUGAAGUGUAUCCGCCUACUGCGCCUUUAGAUCUGCGGUCGUUGGUUAAGAUAUGCGAGAGGUUAAGGACUCUUAGAGAAUUGGAUCUGCUGGAGAAUGAUAGGAGUUAUAUGCUAGAAGCGUUGCUUGCUGUUGGUGUCCAGAUAAACGAAAAGUUUAAGAAAAAGAAGGUAUUGAAGCAGUUAGUUGCGGUGACAGAUGAUUUGGAUGGGCUGGAUAUAGAUGACGAUGAGUUGGAAGUGAUACAAGCAAACCUUGAUCUACGGCUGAUCUUGGUGUAUUGUGGUGGUAAGCAGUUCCCGGAUGAUUUUCAUAAGACCAAAUGGGGGAAACUUGUAUCUCUGCAUGAGGGCUCCAUGAAAUUUACACUUGGAGAGAUGCUUCAUACGAUUGAACAAGUCAACCAUCGCCCUAUAAAGCCUGUAAGGGUCUUCCAAGGACAGCUGAGGCUGGGUGCCGAUUUCAAAAACCUUGAGUCUUGUCAGGAUGAUCCAUAUUGCAUGUGUAUCAAUGUGGAAGGAUAUCCGGCUACAAAAGCUGUAACGUCGCUCAGCAGAAAACAAGUGCAGAAGACCGAGGAUGGGUCUUACAUACCGUUAAAGUCUGUUGUCGAGUACGAGAUACAUGAACCCAGUGAGAAAGAGGAUCAGGAAUACGAAGCUAUUACUGUGUCGAAGGAUCAUAUUGUCAAGGCAUUCCGCUAUGGAGCUGAUUAUAUCUCGUUACCUGACGUGCUUGCAUCUGAAAGAAUCUACCAGACCACUCCAGGGUUGGAUAUUCGUGGAUUCAUCGAUCUUUUUAAUGUUCCAAGACAAUAUCUAUGCGGUGAAUCGGUCUAUAUCAUUGCAGAUACGAGAGAGGGUUCUGAAGCUGAUUUUAUGGCAUUUUCAGCUCUAGUUGAUGCAAUGAUAACAUCUAAAAAGCUGGCAAUUGCUAGAUAUGUCCAGAAAAAUAACAGUGAAGUGCAGAUGGUCGUGCUGUGCCCGUUGCUGGUAGGUUCAAACUUGAAAAAACGCACUUCGGAUAAUCCAGAGGCGGAACCAAAACGUGCUUUAGUGCUAUGCAGAUUGCCCUUUGCUGAAGACGAGCGUGCUUGCGACUUUUUACCCUUCACAAACAAAUAUCCUAAAGAUGAGGACAUGGAUGCUAAAAUGGACCAAUUGGUAGACUUAAUGGAUAUGGAUUCAGACGCUACUGAGCAUCACAGUGAAACCAGCUGGUGUUCUAACAGCUCAAUACAGCCUUUUACUUCCUUCAUGAAAGAUAGUUCACUACCACUGCCGUCUGACCCUAAUCUGCAGGAAGUCUCGGAUCCGAUCUGUAUCCCUGCAAUUGCAAUUCAUCGCCAAAAGCAGGUUCUUCUAGAUUAUUUCCACCAAAGGUUCAUCCUUGGACAGGAAAAUGCCUUUUCAAUUGGCAAUAUGGCAGACUCUCUAAUGGAGCAGAUCGCUCCACGUGCCCCUAAAGCCACUGCUGACCUGGCAAGUCAACUGAAACUGGGCUUGGGCGUCAAGCUCGCUGAGAAGGUGGAAUACCCAAACCAAUUUGCCCCAACAGAUGAAAUCUUCGACGACGAUAAUGACAUUGACACAAAUAUUCCUUCCCUCGAGAAACUCCUUUCCAUUGGGAAAUCCAUGCGACCUUGA